AUGGCACGAGGCGUGACGCAAGGCCGGCCAACUGGAGACUCCGCAGACGUCCGAGGAAUCUGCCAGCCGAGGAUACAUCAGGACCUGAGGACUUCGCAUCAUAAGACCAAGGCGACCUCACCCCCUCGAAGCCUAACUCUGCAACCGCUGAAGAUAAUUUGGGCGACUUUGGGCUCGUUUGAAAGGGCACGACGAGACCUUCCAAUUGGCCCCGACGGAAUUACCAAAUUCAGCCCCACAUCCACGAAAAUCCAGCGGCGAAGCAAAACUACACUGGUAACCACCAUCAAAGUGCACGCAGGGCUCAAACUAUCGAGCUCUGGCAGCAUCGGGCUCCUCACUGGCCAGCAGCAGCAGACCACCAGCUGACGCAGCAGUGAGACCAUAGAGUUAAAAAAAAAACAAUUAUACAAUUCCAAAUAACUGAAGUCAUACAUUAUAGAACUCUUGUAUUUUUUACCACCUAAGGAACAAAAUGUCAUCCCAAUCCUCCACAUCCGCCUCAACGUCCCGCAAACCGACCACGGACGCCACGGGAAAAGUGACCAAGUCCCUUCGGCAAAAGGUCCUGAAAAACACCGCAGCAAGGUCAGUACAAUCCGAAAAAGCGGCGCGUCCAUCGGAGCCGCCUCAGGCCUCAAAGGCGGCAUCAUAGCCGGACGCAACAGACUCUGAAGUGUCCACGCACCGCCCCAUUAUCACCAUCCCCGAAACUCCGGUUACCAAAACCGAGUCGGAAGACCGCAGCAGGAUCUCGGAGACCAUCAUAGACUGGGAGCAGUGCGGCAUCUCCCUCCCUCGCCAGAUCAUUUCGGACGAGGAGAGCUCAUUGGCAUCAUCGACGGGUCAGAUCGACCGCCCCGAGCG